CACUCCCUCACACACACGGAGAGAUUGGGUGUGAGGGCAACGGGGCCGCACGGAUGGAGCUGGAAAACAUUGUAGCGAACACGGUGCUCCUGAAAGCCAGAGAAGGUGGCGGAGGGAAGAGGAAAGGCCGGAGUAAAAAAUGGAGAGAGAUGCUGAGGUUGCCCCACGUCAGUCAGUGUGAGGACUUGCGACAGACUAUCGAAAGGGAUUACUACAGCCUCUGUGACAAGCAGCCGAUUGGAAGGAACCUUUUCAGGCAGUUCUGCGAGACCCGAACAGAAUUGAAGAGAUGCAUUGAAUUCCUGGAUGCUGUGGCAGAUUAUGAAGUGGCUCCAGAUGAGAAGCGACGAGAUUGUGGACUCCAGCUUUUAGAGACUUAUUUCAACAAUGGGUCAGUGGCCCACUUACCUGAAGUGUCUGUGGAGACGGUGAAGCAGUGUAAGGAGAAACUGGAGCAGAGCCCUUGUAAGGAAAUCUUCACAGAGUGCGUGAAAGCUGUCCAUGAUUACCUAGGUGGUGAACCAUUCACGGAAUACCAGGAAAGUAUGUACUUCUCACGAUUCCUACAGUGGAAAUGGUUAGAAAGGCAACCUGCAACGAAAAACACUUUUCGACAUUAUCGAGUACUGGGAAAAGGCGGAUUUGGCGAGGUAUGUGCAUGUCAAGUCCGUGCAACAGGGAAAAUGUAUGCAUGCAAAAAGUUGGAAAAGAAGAGGAUAAAAAAAAGGAAAGGAGAGAACAUGGCAUUAAACGAAAAGAAGAUCUUAGAAAAAGUUAACAGUAGAUUUGUUGUUAGUUUAGCGUACGCCUAUGAAACAAAGGAUGCCCUUUGCCUGGUACUAACCAUAAUGAACGGAGGGGACCUGAAAUUUCACAUCUACAACAUGGGCACCCCGGGUUUCGAUGAGAAGAGAGCCAUAUUCUACGCUGCCGAGAUCUGUUGUGGGCUUGAGGAUUUGCACAAAGAGAGAAUUGUGUACAGAGAUUUGAAGCCAGAAAACAUUCUGCUGGACGAUCAUGGGCACAUCAGGAUUUCCGAUCUGGGUUUAGCUGUGCAGAUUCCAGACGGUGAGACAAUUCGUGGGAGAGUCGGCACUGUAGGAUACAUGGCUCCAGAGGUUAUCAACAACGAACGUUACUCCUUCAGCCCUGACUGGUGGGGACUCGGCUGUCUGGUUUAUGAGAUGAUUCAGGGUCAGUCACCUUUUCGAAAGCGUAAGGAGAAGGUAAAACGGGAGGAGGUUGACCGGCGAGUCAAAGAGGAUAAAGAGGAUUAUUCUGAUAAGUUCUCGGAGGAGCCGCGUUCCAUCUGUAGGAUGUUGCUGACCAAAGAUCCAAAACAGCGGCUGGGCUGUCAAGGAGGAGGAGCUAGUGAGGUGAAGCAACAUCCUAUAUUCCGGCACAUCAACUUCAAAAGACUCGAGGCAAACAUGUGGGACCCUCCCUUUGUUCCGGAUCCCAGAGCGGUUUACUGCAAAGAUGUCCUGGACAUUGAACAGUUCUCCACAGUCAAAGGGGUAAAUCUAGAUCCAACAGACAAUGAUUUCUACUCCAAAUUCGACACAGGCUGCGUCUCCAUUCCUUGGCAAAACGAGAUGAUCGAUACAGAAUGUUUUAAAGAGGUAAAUACCUAUGGGGCUGAUGGGGCAUUAUCACCAGACCUGGACAGCAACAAGCCUAAUCCACCUCCAAAGCGGGGCCUGUUGUACAGGUUUUGCAGACGUGAGGUCUGUUUCAAAAGUAGCUUCAGUGAUGAUGAAGAUGAUCCUUCAAGAAUCCUGUAGCUGCCAAGCUAACCACAAAAGAAGAGAAAACUGAUAUAUUUCAGGUUAAACUGGGAACAUGUAUUAAAAUGUAUUAUAUUGCAACAAAAAACUGCUGUAUGAGUUUACAUAUUUUGUACAUUUGUACUUGAAUUAUGUCCUAGAUGUAUAUUUUCACUAAAGUUGUACAAGAAGCCAUAUAUUAAGUACCACUUGAAUGCACACAUUAAUUUUAGCAGGAAUGACUUUGGAAUUAUCUAUUUAAAAGUUUAUUUUUAAUUAUUUUUUUAAAACUGAUAAAGCACAGCAAUGCUAAUUGUGGUGUGCUGUUUGCAACUUGUAACUCAAGAGUGACUUGGCUGAAUUUUAUUUCAGUACAGAGUGGGCCUAUGCACACAAGCAUUUGCUGUCUAGGUGCUUGCUAAUGAGUAUACCACAGAGUAUGUAUGUGUAUGCAUGUGUGUGCGUGUAAAUGUAUAGGUGUGUUUAUGUAUAUAUGUAUAUAUAUAUAUGCGUGGCCUGGAAUAGCACAUAGUGAUCCAGGUAAAGUCAGCCUCAAUGCAAAUUGUGUGAAUUCUCUGUUUUCCGUUUUCUUUGCCUUAGUUCUGUUGGAAUUGAACCCUUGUUGCUGUGUUCAUAGGCCUAACGUUUUAUCAUUAAAACAGAUCUUAACUAAGGCCACUGAUUUACACUCUUCAGGGAAAAUGGGACAGAAUGCAAUACUCGAAGUUCCAAAUAAUGUCACGCAAGGGAAGAAAAGAAAUGCAUGCAUUCAAUGUCUCUUAAUUCCAAACUGAUUAGAAUGCGAGUCCUGCCCUUACCCCACCACACGCCAAUGUAAAUCUCAUUCUAUUAAUAAAAAUGGAAUUUGACUUAGUCAGGACUUCAUUAUCUAGUUUGGGCUUGUUCUGUAAAUGGGCUGAGUCACAUAUGUGACUUCCUCCACUAAUGCUAGUUAACAAUCCCCGGAACCCAGCACGAUUAAAACAGAACUUGACUCAGUCAGCCAAGGUGAACCAGUGGCCCUGGUAAUGCAUUGAAAGUUUUGUAACCUCACUUAUUCGUAAAAACAUUCCCGUAUUUACCUUAUCUAUAAACCUGAUGUUCUGAAGACGUCAGAUUGAUCUGUACCAAACUUUAAAAAAAAAUGUUCCCUCUCACUGUUGGUUAUUUUACCUAUGAUUCAUUUAUCAAAAGCUGUGAAGGAUUUAAGUUGAUCUUUUUAUUCUGUAAUAUUGACUUUUGUGGUUUUCAAUGUCUUGCACUAAGUGCCAAUUUAUUUUUUAGAUGUUGCCUGUCCUCGAGAGAUUUUCCAAUUGUAUUUAAAACAAAAAAGCAUGUAGUUAUUGUAUCUACAGAAUUGUUAACGAUCAGGCAUCUCUGCACCUAGAUAUCAGAAUCUCAUGUUGAACAGGUCUGAUUCCAUUACACUUGGUGACUGGUUUUGUGCUAAUAUAAGUCGUGUUUCUUUUUUAAUCCAGUCUGUCUAUCCUUCCUAUACUGGGAAUCUUCUUGGGUUCUUGCCUAGUGUCACUGGGUUUCAUUUUUUAUUAUGUUCGAGCAUUUUAAAUUAAUAAAUACUGCCAUUUGUAUACGG